UCUCAUAAGUCUGCCACCAAUGUCACAUUUUGAUGACUUCAAAGUUGUCAAAAUCAUCUCUUGUUUAUGUAUUUUUAUUAUUGCGCAAGAUUUCGUCACAAGCUAUAGUUAUACAGCACUAAUUUCUAAACAUGACUAAACCUAAAGAUGCCCUAGAGCUUGUUCCCAUCGAAGUAUUGAGAGUAAUUCCACUUUAUAAUGGCGACAAAACUCAACUGAAUUUAUUCCUAAGGAAAUGUGAAUAUGUCAUAGAUAUGUAUAAGGGUAAUGAUGAACAAAACCUAUAUUUACUUCACACGAUUACGAGCAGACUUGUAGACAGGGCUGCGAGCCUGCUGAGCGAAAGAGGUGACGUGAAUUCCUGGAACAAACUAAAGGAUCUAUUGAUAGAAAACUAUAGUGACACCAGAAGCGAAGAAAGUAUUGAAUUAGAGUUUCAAUCCCUUAAAAUCAAUCCUUCAGAGAACUUUUCGUCGUUUUACAAACGCUUACAAGCUUUACACAGAAUCCUUAUUUCGAAGGUCGAUAACAAUAUUGAUGAGGCAGAAAAAUGUAAGAAAGUAGACCAGUAUAACAAGAUGGCGAUAACGGUACUAUUGUACAGUCUUCCAGAAUAUUUAGUUAACAUGGUGAGAUUGAAACAACCAAGUACAUUGGAACAAGCACACAUCAUUGUUACGGAAGAGAUUUCAUUUUUCAAGAGAUAUUCAAUGAAUCAAUCGAAAUGCCUAAAUACUAUUCCAGAGUUUAGAUACUUCUGUACAAAUAGAUUUCAACCUUUUCAUAAUCUACAAUCAAAUAUUAACAGUCAAACUUUUGGUGGUACACAGUCGGUUGGCUCAAGUCAGGGCUCAUUAUUUGGCUGUUCUUCCUCUCAAGCUCAAUCAGGACAGAAUAAGAAGGGUUCAAGUAUAUUUGGUCUUUCUCAGAAUGGGACAUCCCCAUUUGGUCUUCCUCAGAACGGUACUUUGUCUUAUGCUGGGUUUGGUCAAGGUAAUAACAGUGGCAUAAAGACGAAUAUUCCGUCCCAAUCUGUCGCACCUACCAGCCAGGCACUGCAUCUAAAUGAAGAAGAGUGAAGUUGUCAGUUAACGAUGACAGCUCAUCUAUAAACAGCAUUUACCUGGUGUAACAGGAAUUAUUUAUUAAACUAAAGGUGUUGGCUCACUGUUUUCUAAAUAUACCAGAAAAUGAGGAUUAUUAAUUAUGAAGACAUUACAUGUAACCUAUUUUGAAAUAUCAUAACAGUUAAACAAUUAAAAAUUAAAAAUAUUA